UUCCCUGGCUGCUCCAGCGAGCCAGCCAUGACAUUUGCUCCCUCCUCCUCCCCAGCCUCAAAUCCCCCAGUAAAGCUCCCAGUUCCCGCCUGCCUGUUCCCAGGUCCACAACGGGACAAAUCGCAGGACCGGGUCGUUGGCCUUCAGAACGGGCAGCGGUUUAGAGAGGGGAUAUCCAAGGAGAAGGGACUGAGGUGGCCUUGGCUUGCUUGCUUUUCCUUUGAAGCUGAACUCUUGCUUCUUGGGGGCAGAGGUCACAGGGAAAAGAGAGAUGAGGGGGAUCGUCUCAGGGUGAUGAAAUGGAAAGCAAACUUUCCUAGGAACCCUAUUUGCAAAAAUCGGAGAGUGCCGCUGAUUCCAGUUGUUCUACAGGUCAGGAGUUUUAAACCUAGCUCCUAUCUGGACAACAGCAUGGAGGGACUAGGAAGCAAAGCCUUGGGAGUCUGGCCCGCUGAACUGCUAGGAAUCCCUUUGGUGGGAGACUCCACUGGACAAUGUUAUUUUAAAGGGUCUGCAAAGAGAGAGACGUUUGGGGCACUACAAAGUGACGCAGGUGUCUGCCAAGACUUUCCUCCUCCAAAGAAAUGCCAGUCUUCACCCUUUCCAGCGCGCCGGCGCUGCGCCUCUGCUUGGCCGGGGAAAGAGAGAGUUCGGAGGUGUCAGAACUCCGGAUGGGAGACUCUUGGUUCUGAAGCUGGGAGCUGGAGGCACAUCCCCCCAGAAGUGGGCACUUCUUUGCCUCCCCGAAGGUCUGAUGGGGUGGGCACAGGGGAAUGCCAGAGACCAGUGCGGGUGAGAUGCUUGCCUGACCUUAUGUUGACGCAUCAAUACUGGGUAGAAGCUCUGGGCAGGCUCUGGCGAGCCACAGUACCCCAGCGGGACUCCCUCCACGCAGACAGCCCCUCUACCGGGUGGGAAGACCCCGGCGGCCCCCGCAGGAACGCACCCUUCGGCCUGAGAGGUCCUCCCUCUGGCCACAGGGGGCGGAGGGUGGGGUGGGGGUUACAGGGGCAUGUGGAGAGGCGGGGAAAGGCGAGACAGUACCUAAAGCGCAAUCCCCUCCGCCCCCCGCGCCUUGGAGGACAGCAAGUGGGCCUCCGGUGAGUUGGUAGCCGCAAUUAAAAUGGCGACCUGCGAGUUGUCUCGGUUUUGUACACACCUCUGGCGACCGCGUCCGCACUUCAGUCUCGACCCCCACACCCCCAGGCCGCGUCACCCCCGGAGCGGGUACUUGGCAGAGGGAGUGAGGCUACCCACGAGGCAGAACAGCACCCCCACCCUCCUUGAGACCAGUCCAGAGAGAACCAGGAAAUCUCGCCCUCAACCCUCUCUCCUUAAACUUUGAAAACUCGGCCUCUUUCUGGGGUUGAGCUGCCCUCCCCAAAUAUUGACACAUGGGAAGCGGCCAAGUCCUUUUUGUUUUUUGUUUGUGCGGAGGAGUUUCCAGGAGUCUUUCCCCGAGCCCCCUUCCCCACCCAAUGACGUCAGUGGCAUUCACUCCUCGCGCCUUGCCUUUUCUGAUUUUUUGUUAAAACUUUUCUCCGCAGAGAGAUGGGGGUUGGAGGGGUGGGAGAAGGAGCUGAUUCAAAGAGCCAGUGCCCUGGGGGGAAAUAGCAACAAGAUUACGGCUGCUUCUUUCCGAGGCAAAGCUUAAGAAGGUGCUAAUCCACUCGGCCGCUAAUUGAGAGGUUGUAAAAAUGAUACUCGCCUCCAGUUCGGACAGAAUCACUGCCCCCACCCCUCCCCCCAAGUCCCUCGCUCUUGCACAGCGGACUUGAGUCUUGAGUCCAAGCUUCUUUAAUGCUCGCUUGAAACGUAAAAGGAGAGAGAAAGAGAAGACCGACUUUCGCUGGUCUGGGACUCAGGGCCGCGGCCCCACUUCCCGGCAUCCUCCGAAAGUCGCGCUCCUGCGAAAUGAAACCUCGCAUAGGAGGCCGAGGACCUGUACACCCGGCGCCACCUCCUUCGCCUCUGAACCGGGUUUCCUCCCCGCGCUGCGAGCUUCUGGGCCGCGGGAAGGGUUAGAGCCGGCAGCCCUCCCCGGCCUGGGGAGGGGAGAGGGUUGUGAGACCCUAACUCUGACUAGGGCCUGGGAGGCCUCUGCUUCCCGCCCUACCCGGGCUCCUUGGUCGCGGCGCUGCUGGGUCCAGGGCAGGAACGAGAGGGUGAGGCCCACACGUGGCCCGGCGGCCCAGGGCGGCUUGCAGCGUCCUUACUGUCCCGGCUCCCAGGUGCUGCGGCGACGCGGCCUGUCAGCAGCGAGUUCAGGACGCGCAGAUUUUAUUGAUGGGCUUUGACUUUCAGCGCUUUCCCUAAGUCAAGAAGAGUCUAGCGUACCCUGCGGCGGCUUCAUUUCAGCCUCCCUGCCUCAGCUCUCCAGCCCCAUUCCCCCUUGCCCGGUCCUGGAGUGUGUCCUGCAGCCGGCUCCAUGGCCCGAAGCUGCCGAGAGAGCUCCGGACAGUGCAGGACCAGGCAUUCGCUCGCUCUCCUGUCACCUUAACUGCAGGCUCCGAGGGGCGCCUUUGGAGUGUACUGAGGUGUGUCCUAAUCGUGCGGCAUUCAACAAAUGGACUUCUGGUGUGUGGUCAGAAGAGAAAAGCCAUUUACUUACUUUCCUCCCCGGUUUUCUGGCAACAGCUGAAGGGGAGCUGCCUCCGUGGACUGCGCAGACCCAGGAGAGGGAGUCGUGGUGCGGAGACACACGCACCACACACAGAUGACCGGUGGCACACACGCUGACAUACCGACAUCGCCGGUGGGACACACACACACACACAAACACACAAACACAGACACACACACACACACACACACACACAGAGAAAGAGAGAGGGAGAGAGAGAAUCUCUCCCAGCAUUGGUCAUCCGCCCCCCCACCCAGGC